AUGUCCCUUACAUUGGGGGUCAGUGGUGGGAAGAAUGUUCUUUACAUUGGGGGUCAGUGGGAAGAAUGUCCCUCACAUUGGGGGUCAGUGGGAACAAUGACCCUCACAUUGGGGGUCAGUGGGAAGAAUGACCCUCACAUUGGGGGUCAGUGGGAAGAAUGUCCCUUACAUUGGGGGUCAGUGAGAAGAAUGUCCCUUACAUUGGGGGUCAGUGGGAAGAAUGUCCCUUACAUUGGUGAUCAGUGGGAAGAAUGCUCCUUACAUUGGUGAUCAGUGGGAAGAAUGUCCCUUACAUUGGGGGAUCAGUGGGAAGAAUGUCCCUUACAUU